AUGUCGUUCUACCCUCCGUCCGAGAUCACCGUCACUUCUCGCCAGAUCCCCAAAUGGAGUGGUAUUCCGAACACCUCCAUUCAGUCCAAGCCCCUCAUGAUUUACCACAAAGCCUUUGACGCGUCUGCCAGCGAGCUUUCGUCUCAUUUCAAGGAGGUUGACGAGGUCGUGCCGCAGUGGGUAUAUUCCAUGUACAGUGAAACGCACUUCCAUAGCACCACCCAUGAGGUUCUGGGGGUUGUUUCCGGCCGUGCGCGCCUCUGCUUCGGCGGGGAAGGGAAUCCCGAACGCUUUGAGCCGACCGUCGAAAAAGGCGAUCUCAUCAUCGUGCCCGCCGGCGUGGGCCACCGGCUGCUGGACGAGCUUGACACGGACAAAGAGCGGUUUACGAUGGUCGGCGCCUACCCACACCGGAAACAAUGGGACAUGUGCUACGGAGAAUCGACGGAAGAAGACAAGGUUUCCAGGAACAUCGGCGGGUUGGACUGGUUCCACAGCGAUCCCUUGUACGGGAAGGAUGGCCCGGCGAUGCACGUUUAA